AUGACAUCGGUGUCAGGCAGUCAACGAAAUGAGCAGGAGCAGUCGAACGGUAAAAUCGUCAGACCAUUUUCGAAAGAGAGAGCCAAGGGCCAAUCGCAAAGUCUCCGAAAACGAGGGCUGGAGCGUGAACACUUUGUUCCUGCUUCGAGUAUGCAUCUGGGAGUGCCUCAGACUGGUCAUGUUCAUAUUGCCUUGUACCUAACAUACCUACGGAGCUUGCAUUCGGAGUUGGCGAUGGCUUUCAAGUCGAAUCGAGUCGACCUAAGGCAAUUCAAUCAGGAAAUACAAUGGGGGCCUAACAACGUUUUGGCAUCACCAUUAUCGUUUCAUCACCCCACCGUUCUAAUUAGUCGGUACUGUUAUCAAUCCCCAGAUUCACCGCAUUUAUUUUUGAAGAAGAUCACUGGCCAAUCCUCCAGCAAGCUCAGCAGCGGCUCCACUCCCUCGCAUCCAGGAUGCACCCCUUCUCAAUUGCCUGCAGCACGUGGACUGGAAAGGGAAGCUGGCAAGUUUAGUCCCAUCAUCCUAGCAAAAGCUCGACAACGAACCCCCGCCCCAAAGGGGAGCCAAGAUUUACCGGCCGGGUGGCUGAUACAUUGGGACCUGAUUCCUCAUCGCAGAGCAGAGCGCGAGGCUUUGGGAUUCUGGGGCGAGACUGAUGUGCCUCACUCAGCUUAA